CUGCGCCGGCAGAAGAAGCUGCCGCAGCUCUUCGAGAGGGCCUCCUCCAAAUGGUGGAACCCCAAGUUCGACUCCAACAACCUGGAAGAGGCUUGUAUGGAGCGGUGCUUCCCGCAGACCCAGCGCAGGUUUCGCUAUGCCCUCUUCUACAUCGGCGUGGCCUGUCUGCUCUGGGGUAUCUACUUUGGCAUCCACAUGAAAGAGAAACUGAUCAUUUUCAUGGUGCCAGCUCUGUGCUUCCUCUUGGUAUGUGUAGUGUUUUUUAUGUUCACUUUCACCAAGACUUACGCCCGCCAUUACGUGUGGACUUCGCUGAUGCUCACCCUCCUGGUGUUUGCUUUGACGCUUGCGCCGCAGUUCCAGGUUCUGACGCCUAUCUCAGGAAGUGGUGACAUGUCCAACCAGACUGCCCCGGCAAAUCCCUCGGACACUUGCCUUUCUCAAGUAGGCAGUUUUUCUAUGUGUAUUGAAGUGCUCUUGUUGCUUUACACAGUGAUGCACUUACCCUUGUAUUUAAGCUUGUUUCUGGGACUGUCUUACUCGGUCCUCUUUGAGACCUUCGGGUAUCACUUCCGCGAUGAGAACUGUUUUACGCCUCUUGGCGCCGGUGCAGUUUACUGGGAAUUGUUGAGCAAAGCCUUCCUCCACAUCUGCAUCCACGCGAUCGGUAUUCAUCUAUUUAUCAUGUCCGAAGUCAGAUCAAGAAGCACAUUCCUGAAAGUGGGGCAAUCAAUCAUGCAUGGUAAAGACUUGGAAGUGGAAAAAGCCCUGAAAGAGAGGAUGAUUCAUUCUGUUAUGCCAAGAAUAAUAGCUGAUGACUUAAUGAAACAAGGGGAUGAUGAAAGUGAAAACUCUGUCAAACGUCAUUCCACCUCAAGCCCCAAAAGCAGGAAGAAGAAGCCCUCUAUUCAGAAAACCCCCAUAAUAUUCCGUCCUUUUAAAAUGCAGCAGAUAGAACAAGUGAGCAUUUUGUUUGCAGAUAUCGUUGGCUUCACUAAAAUGAGUGCAAACAAGUCUGCCCAUGCUCUGGUGGGACUUCUGAACGAUCUGUUUGGCCGUUUCGACCGCCUCUGUGAAGACACUAAGUGCGAGAAGAUAAGCACUUUGGGAGACUGUUACUACUGCGUAGCUGGUUGCCCAGAGCCUCGGGCGGAUCACGCUUAUUGCUGCAUUGAGAUGGGCUUGGGUAUGAUAAAAGCUAUUGAGCAGUUUUGCCAAGAGAAGAAAGAAAUGGUGAACAUGAGAGUCGGUGUUCAUACCGGCACAGUCUUGUGUGGCAUUUUGGGAAUGAGGAGAUUCAAGUUUGAUGUGUGGUCCAAUGAUGUCAAUUUGGCCAAUCUAAUGGAGCAGCUGGGGGUGGCUGGAAAAGUCCAUAUUUCAGAAGCUACAGCAAAAUAUUUGGAUGACCGUUACGAAAUGGAGGAUGGAAAGGUGAUUGAACGAGUUGGUCAGAGCGUGGUUGCUGAUCAGUUAAAAGGUUUAAAGACUUACCUGAUAUCUGGUCAGAAAGUGAAGGACCCUCACUGCAGCUGCUCGCAGGCUCUGCUUCCUGGCUUGGAGUCGGGAGAUGCAGUGAAGAUCCAGGGAGCGUCGUCAGCCGAGAACACCGGUGAUUUAACAAAGACUCUCAAACAUGCAGAAAAACCUAAGCCUUGUCCUUCAUGUAGUACCACCCUUCCUCCCCAGUGUGAUAUCAGCAUAGAAGAAGGAGCUAUCCAAAAUGGUUGUCAGGAUGAGCACAAAAACAGUACUAAGGCUCCAGGUGGACAUAAUCCAAAGACGCAAAAUGGACUUUUGAGUCCUCCACAGGAAGAAAAACUGAGCAAUAGUCAGACCUCACUUUAUGAAAUGUUACAAGAGAAAGGAAGAUGGGUGGGAGUGAGUCUGGAUCAGUCGGCUCUCCUUCCUUUGAGGUUCAAAAACAUCAGAGAAAAGACAGAUGCUCAUUUUGUGGAUGUGAUUAAAGAAGACAGCCUCAUGAAAGACUACUUCUUUAAACCACCUAUUAACAAGCUGAGCCUCAACUUCUUGGAUCAGGAACUGGAGAUGACCUACAGGGAGAGCUAUCAGGAAGAGGUUAUGAAGAAUGCUCCAGUGAAGACGUUUGCCAGUGCUACCUUCAGCUCGCUCCUGGACGUGUUCCUUUCCACCACAGUCUUCCUCAUCCUCUCCGUCACGUGUUUCCUGAGACACGGGAUGGUCUCAUCCCCUCCGCCGCCGGCCGCAGUCGUGGUGUUCGUCAUCGCCAUCCUGAUAGAGGUGCUGUCCCUCGUCAUCUCAGUUAGAAUGGCCUUCUUUCUGGAGGAGGUGAUGGCUUGCACGAAGCGUUUCCUGGAGGUGAUAUCUGGCUGGCUGCCUCGACACUUUUUCGGUGCAAUCCUAGUUUCUCUCCCAGCUCUUGCAGUUUUUUCACACUUCACCUCUGAAUUUGAAACAAAUAUACAUUACACCAUGUUUAUGUGUUGUGCGAUUCUGAUCACCAUUGUCCAGUACUGUAACUUCUGCCAGCUUAGCUCCUGGAUGAGAUCCCUCUUGGCAACUAUAGUAGGAGCCGUGCUUCUCAUUUUGCUCUACGUCUCCUUGUGUCCAGACAGCUCUGUGGAAACUUUUCAUCUAGAUUUGGCACAGAACCACAGCUCCAGAAAGAGUCCAUGCAACAGCUCGGUGCCAAGUGACACCAGGAGGCCUGCAGAUCUCAUUGGGCAGGAGGUGAUACUGGUUUUCUUCCUUCUGCUUCUUCUGGUUUGGUUUCUGAACCGAGAGUUUGAAGUCAGUUACCGCCUGCACUACCAUGGGGAUGUGGAGGCUGAUCUUCAUCGCACCAAAAUUCAGAGCAUGAGGGAUCAAGCUGACUGGUUGCUGAGGAAUAUUAUUCCCUAUCACGUGGCCGAGCAGUUGAAGGUUUCCCAGAGCUAUUCCAAAAACCACGAUAGUGGCGGGGUGAUCUUUGCUAGUAUUGUGAACUUCAGUGAGUUCUAUGAAGAGAACUACGAAGGAGGCAAAGAGUGCUACAGAGUCUUGAAUGAAUUGAUUGGAGAUUUCGAUGAGCUGCUCAGCAAACCGCAUUACAGCAGCAUUGAGAAAAUCAAAACAAUUGGGGCUACCUACAUGGCUGCUUCAGGACUAAACACCUCACAGUGUCAAGACAACAACCAUCCACAUGGACAUUUGCAGACCCUUUUUGAAUUUGCCAAAGAAAUGAUGCAAGUGGUGGAUGACUUCAACAACAACAUGCUGUGGUUUAAUUUUAAACUUAGGAUUGGCUUUAACCACGGCCCCCUCACUGCUGGGGUCAUUGGCACCACCAAGUUGUUAUAUGACAUUUGGGGUGACACUGUGAACAUUGCUAGCAGAAUGGACACCACUGGCGUAGAGUGUCGUAUACAGGUGAGUGAGGAAAGCUACCGCAUCCUAAACAAGAUGGGGUAUGACUUUGAUUACAGGGGGACAGUCAAUGUCAAGGGGAAAGGUCAGAUGAAGACCUACCUUUACCCAAAAUGCAUGGACAAUGGGAUUGUGCCCCAUCACCAGUUGUCUAUAUCUCCAGACAUUCGGGUUCAAGUGGAUGGCAGCAUUGGGCGAUCUCCGACGGAUGAGAUUGCCAACCUGGUGCCUUCUGUACAGAAUUCUGAUAAGACAGCCCAUGGCACAGAUAACUCAGAAACUAAGGACAUCCUUCCUUCCUCCAAGAAACUCCAGAGAGAUGCGCUGAAAGUGGAAGAGAGGUGCAGGUUUGGCAAAGCUGUAGAGAAGACUGACUGUGAGGAAGCAGGAACUGAGGAGGUCAAUGAACUGACAAAGCUAAAUAUCUCUAAGAGUGUAUGAUGCACUGUCAGAGUUGCAUGAAGUGCUCUGUCAAUAGAAACACAAAGACAUUUGCAAUUGGCAGUUUUCUUUUUGAGGAGAGACCUUCUCAACACCUGGGUUGUACGUUUGUUUUCAUUUCAGUGCCUGAUGCUGUGUGGAUCACAGUUCUUCAGGGCUUAUUUUCAUCCAUCUCUUUCCUCCAUGCCCCAAAUCCCAUCCCAAGCUCCCCAGCUCCCUGUGCAACCAUCUUUCAGCUGAGUAGAGGAUAUUAAGUGCCUUCAGAUAUACUCCAUUGGACUCCCUGUCAAGGUACAGAGGCCCCAAGUGAAAUCAUAGCUUUGGGUAUUUAUCUAAUUUUAAAGAAAAGAAAAGCUGUGGUUAUAUCAUUUUUAUUGUUCUUUCUCACAAAACACUUUUUUUGGCUAAUGCAACUCCUUGGGUUUUUUAUAUCUAUCUGAACAAUAUUUUACUGUUAUCAGACCUUUUGUAUGUAAACACUCAGACAAAUGUGCAUGUUAUCUACCAUACAAGACUGACAUAAAGUGCCAGUAACGUACCACAAAAGAAUGUCUUGGCAAGGGGGUGACAAUUUUCCUUCGUGUUGGGCGGGAGGAGGAGUUCUGCAGUGGCUUAACGUUUAGUUAGAGUUGGCUGAACAACUGCUGUAGUUUAAUUCUCCUGUACUGAUGCUUUCCUUAAACUUAAUGUGCUAUGGUGUGCUUCGGAUAGCCUUGUUUUCCGUAUAGCCAAUGAGUUACUGACCUGUGGGUGUGGAAUCAUGGUUCGGACUUCAGCGACUCUCAGGACAGGGGUCCAAAAGCAGAGAAGUGACCGUACAAGUGUUAAAAUUCAGGUCUUAAGCGUCUAAAAGUUUCAUUUUGCUCCACCCCCUAGCUGAAUUUGAGAGGUAGGUGAAGUUGAUAUCUGGAAAGCUGGUCUGAUUUGAGAGUGAGAAAAGCUAAAUAAAUGUUUUGGGGAUGCCUUUA